GCACGGGAAGGGGGCGUGGGAGCAGCGCGGCUCGGCUGCACGUGCGGUGGCCCCGGCGCACCGGUGCGGCCGCCCGCCGGCAAUCUGCGGCGCCCCUCCUCUCGGCAUUCUUGCCGGCACGCGACAGACGAGAAGGCCGCGCGCUUGCCACGAAGUUGCGGGGAAGGCAAGAGGAGAGAGGCAGAGAGGACAGCGCGCCAUAAAGCACACGCAGCCGCGCCGGCCGCUCUUCUCUGCGCACCACCACAACACCCCGCCAGCCCCCGCCGAUCCUCUCCAUCCUCACAAUGGCCCCCAUCGCAGACCCCGCGCCCGGCACGCAGCCGCUCGGCCUCGACAACGCCAUGCCCGUGGCGCCCGUCAAGGGCAACAAGAGCCUCGUGCUGCACGAGGUCAACCGCAUGUCCUUCGAGGAGCGCCCCAUCAAGCCCGUCGGCGAGUUCGAGGUGCAGGUCAACGUGCGCCAGACCGGCAUCUGCGGCAGCGACGUGCACUACCUCAAGCACGGCCGCAUUGGCGACUUUGUCGUGCGCGCGCCCAUGGUGCUCGGUCACGAGUCUGCUGGUAUCGUCACGGCUGUCGGCAGCGGCGUGCGGACACACAAGGUUGGCGACCGUGUGGCACUCGAGCCGGGAGUGCCGUGCUUCAGCUGCGACGUGUGCAAGGCUGGCAACUACAACUUCUGCAAGCUGAUGGCCUUUGCCGCCACGCCGCCCUUUGACGGCUCGCUGGCGACGUUCUACAACCUGCACUCCUCCUUCGCGCACAAGGUGCCGGACCACAUGACGCUCGAGGAGGCCUCGCUCAUGGAGCCGCUCUCGGUCGCCGUGCACUGCGCCGUCAAGCAGGGCCACGUGCGCGCGCUGCAGAACGUCAUCGUCUUUGGCGCAGGCCCCAUCGGCCUGCUCGCGGCUGCCGUGUGCAAGGCGUACGGCGCCAAGCGCAUCGUGAGCGUUGACAUCCAGCAGGAGAAGCUUGACUUUGCCAAGUCCUUUGCCGCCACGCACACAUUCAUCCCCUCGCGGCCGAGCGGCGACGAGACGGGCAUGGCCGCGGCCGAGCGCAACGCCAAGGAGCUCAUUGCGCAGCUGGGCGAGGACAUGGUCGAGGCUGAUGGCGCCGACCUCGUGCUUGAGUGCACGGGUGCCACGCCGUGCGUGCAGAUGGGCAUCUUCUGCACCAAGCCGAAGGGCCGCUUCGUUCAGGUCGGCAUGGGCGCCAGCGAGAUCCCGAUCCCGAUCCACCGCAUCGGCGCCAACGAGAUUGAGAUGACGGGCUCGUUCCGGUACGGCUCGGGCGCGUACAAGACGGCCAUCGGCCUCGUUGCCGAGAAGCUGAUCGACGUCGCGCGCAUCGUGACGCACCGCUACACCUUCGACGACGCCAUCAAGGCAUUUGACGCGACGUCCAAGGGCGUCGGCGAGGACGGCAAGGCGGCGAUCAAGAUCCAGAUCUGCCAGGGCCCGGCCGCAGGGCUGCAGUGA